AUGGGCGCAAAUUGCAGCUGUACAGUCGAGGAUGAGGCACCCACAAGCUCACUGGAUUCCCGGAGACCGGAUGACAUCCAGGAACUGCAGGUUCCCUUUUGGAACAGCUGUGGCGCAUUCCGUCCGCGACUCUUGGGCCAAACCCGCCUGGACCUGUCGAAGCUGGACGGAACCUGGUUGGAUGUGGAUGCUUCUCCAACCUGCUUCAUCAAAGCUGGCGUAAUUGUCUGGCACUGGGAUGAAGAUCAGACUACCGUGCUCGAGCAAGAGCAGGGCGAACUGUACAUAGUGUUGGCAGGGGAAAGAUACUCAGCCAUCAUCAAGGAGGAGCCUGUUAGGCUCCUCUGGAGCGACGGUGCCAAGUGGGUUCGUGACGAUCUGCAAG